AUGUUUCUUCAAGAAUGCAGACAUCGGGCUUAUAAUGUGACAAUGUAUUCGGAAUGUGGAUGUGAACCACUCGCUGCUCUUCCGGAUGAAGAUCAUUGUAAACGACAUCUGCUGGACUUUGUUGAUUUUCUGGAAAGUGCCAAACCGGAUUAUGCAUUUAUAUUCACAAGAUUCUUCGCAACUGGAUCUCCAUUUGAAAACAACGACACAGACCUGGAAACUGAUUCAACCUAUAAGGAAAUGAUAACUCAAAUAGACCAAUUCACUCCACACAUCAAAAAAAUGGCAAAAGAUUUGAAAAAUGGAAGGAAGUUGGAAGAGAUUUACAGAGAAAUCGUGCAAGUUGAUACAUAUAAAUUGGCUCGCUUCCGAACUGAGUCCAUGGUGAAGAAGUGUGGAUCCAAAUGUGAAUUGAUUGAUUACGAACCACUCCUAUUCAAUCAAACAGCAAACCGAUUCGAGUUUUUCGAUAGCAAAGGUUUUCUCUAUUUCACUGGAGCCAAUCAUUUGUCAGCACAUGGGAUGGAGCUGGUGAGACCAAUUUUCAGCGAACUGUGUAAUAAAUUGUCCUGA